UAAGGGGUGGUUCUUCUCAAUCGCAUGUUGCUGCAUUGUCUAAUGUUCUUGCUCAAUGGAGAAAUCGUUAGCUUAAAUCUAGAGUUUUUAAUUUAUUUGAGAGAAUUCGUUAACUUAACGAAUUAAGUUAGCAGUUGGAAUAUGAAUGUGUUCAUAACCUAUUAUGUUGAAAACAAAGAAGGGGCCAUCGGUAGCGGAGACUGGAUAUAUACUACAAAAGGGGAAGAUUUUCAGAGGAUUUCCCCCCAGAUAUGGAAUAUGUAACAGUAUUCUUAAUAGGUUAUAUUAUUUAAUACAAAUGGUGACUGUUUAAAUAAGUUUCCUACCAACAAAAUGUUUUGAAAAAGCAUUUGGCUUAUUUUUUUACAUUUAUAAUUCAUGCAGUUUAUUUGUCACACCACAGGAAUGUUUAAAAAUAACUAAUGUAGACAAAUAACAAUUUUGGAAAGGAUAAUUAUAAUUAUAACAAUAUAAUUUAUAUAAUUCUUAAUAUAUUUAUAAUGUAAUAUACAUUAUCACGUUUGUGUAUAUAAAGUAGGCUAUAAUAAAUUAUAAUAAUUAUUUUUUAUUUUAGUUGUAAAUUAAAAUCUGUUAUGGAUACGAGAAAGAAAACAAACGGUUGAACGGUCACGUGAAAACAAACCUAUGGCGUCAUCAUCACGCGUCUCGUGUUAUUAAACCGGAUGUUUCAUUUGUACCGCUACUAGUGAUUGUUACCUUAUUUACUGAAACAUAUAGCAACGUACACGUUAUCUGCUGUCAGUAUUGUGAUUUGACAUCUCACGAUGUCUGUAAUUUACGUAAGCUACAAUGUAACGCAUUAGCAAGCCUUUCAUUCAGACAAAACAGCCGAAUGAAAUCGCCACACGUAGACAGACAGCCGUUAAACGACUAAAACAUCAACAUCAAGUGCUUGUGUUGACUGCUUAGACUCCAGUGCACCAUGGGUGCUGAACAGAGUGGAGAUGCUGAACAUAAACAUUCAGACUUCAGUGCUUCAGUUGUACCCUCUCCAGCCAAGCAAAGAGCCAAAAUGGAUGAUAUAGUAGUUGUUGCCCAAGGAACUCAGUCAUUACGGAAUAUCCAUAAUGAUCCAGAUGUAAUAAAGCUACAGGAAAUUCCCACUUUUCAGCCUCUUCUAAAAGGUGUGCUCAGUGGGCAAACCUCCCCCAGCACUGUCUGUUUAGAAAAGCUGGAUUCCGCACAGGUCCUGCAGCUGUGCGUCCGAUAUCAGGAUCAUCUACACCAGUGUGCGGAGGCUGUUGCCUUUGACCAGAAUGCUCUGGUCAAGAGGAUCAAAGAGAUGGAUCUCUCAGUGGAGGCGCUAUUCAGCAUCAUGCAGGACAGGCAAAAGCGUUACGCCAAAUACGCUGAACAGAUCCAAAAGGUCAAUGAGAUGUCGAUGAUUCUGAGACGCAUCCAGAUGGGCAUCGACCAGACGAUCCCACUGAUGGAGCGUCUCAACAACCUGCUGCCCGAGAGCGAGCGUCUGGAAGCCUUCAGCAUGAAGCCUGAUGGAGACAUCAAAUAGAAUCUGGCAUCAGUUGGAAAAUAGAGUUCAUACUGGGUUCAUACUAAUUAACUUGUGCUUUACAGACCCACCUCUGCUCGUUACCUAUGGUACUUCGCACUUUGCCAGGAUAAGGUAUUUUCUGGCCUAAAACAAGUUACAUGGUACAAAAAGUAAUGAAAUGGUAAAGGCAUGUGUAUAUAUUUACUUAAUAGGCUUAAUUGUGUGCUUUUAAUGGGCAUGAGAAGAUACAAUUCUACCUUUGUAAUAUAAAAUGUUAUUUAAUGAGUCAUUAUUGCAUAUGAUGCUCUUGAGAGGCUGUCCAUCAUGUCAUUAAAGUUGUUGGCAUUAAAUUGUUUAUACACUUUCUGUUUACACAAGAGAUUUAUUAAAGAUAAUACUUUUGGAGGACA